AUGGCAUUUAUACCGAGGGAUCAGAGAAUCAAGAUUGGUGACACCGAAGAUAAAGACACACUUACCGGUACUACGAUAUUAGCAGAUGACCAAUCGGAAGAGGCGGACCAGCUCUUUAUCCAGGUCUUGAAGAAUCUCAAGACGAAGCUUGGCGCGGACCUUCCCGAUAGGCUAACGAGUAUGGCCAACCUAGCGUUCUCGCAUUGGGGCCUAGGCCGAUGGGAAGAGGCAGAGCAGCUCGGGAUACAAGUCUUGAAGUCUCGCAAGACGAAGCUUGGCAAAAAGCAUCCUGAUACGCUAAAUAUCAUGAAAAAUCUAGCGUCUACGUUCUGCAACCAGGGCCGGUGGGACGAGGCGGAACAGCUCCAGGUCCAGGUUAUGAAGGCUUACAAGGCGAAGUUCGGCGCGGACUUUCCCCACACGCUGGCGAGCAUGGUAAACCUUGCCUUGACCUGA